ACAAACUCCCCUCGCACCCCGGAAAUAUCCCCAAAACCACGUGAUCCACUGAGAGCCGGUCAUGUGACUUCAGCCUGACUGGAUCGCACUUCUCAUCCAGGGACCAGCGGAGGAACGAAGUGAGAACACGUCCACCGAACAUGGGGCUCCUGAAGGAAAGUGUGGGUUUGCUGUUGCUGUGCCUUUGUCUGGACGCGGUGCUCUCCCGCGGCUGCUCCUCCUUCUUCUGCCGGAGAUCGCACCGUGUCAGCGGCCUGCGCGGAGCCGACCCCGGGGCCCCGCUGUUCCUCACCCCGUACCUGGAGAAAGGAGCCAUAGAUGAAGCCAGGAAGCUGAGUCUGGUGGGAGAUCUGCCAGGGGCCAAUGUGAAGAGCUAUGCUGGCUACCUGACCGUCAACAAGAAGUUCAACAGCAACCUCUACUUCUGGUUCUUCCCCGCUCUCAUGCCCAGCACUCCGAAUGCUCCGGUCCUGCUCUGGCUGCAGGGCGGCCCCGGGGGCACGUCCAUGUUCGGCCUUUUUGUGGAGCACGGCCCGUACGUGGUUUAUAAGAACAUGACGGUCGGCUUGAGGGACUACGCUUGGACCACCAGAUACUCGGUCUUGUACAUUGACAAUCCAGUGGGAACAGGUUUCAGCUUCACCGACGACGACAGGGGUUUUGCUCAGAAUCAGGACGACGUCGGCAGAGAUCUGUACAGUGCUCUGACGCAGUUCUUCCAGAUCUUUCCCGAGUAUCAGUCCAAUGAGUUCUAUGCAACCGGAGAGUCUUAUGCAGGAAAGUACGUUCCUGCCAUUUCCUACUACAUCCACAAAAACAACCCCAGCGCCAAAGUGAAAAUCAACUUUAAGGGGAUGGCGAUCGGCGAUGGGCUCUGUGAUCCAGAACUGAUGCUCGGUGGUUAUGGUGAGUUCCUGUACCAAACGGGAAUGAUCGACGAGCAGCAGAAGCAGUAUGUGGUCCAGCAGACGGACCUGGGAGUGCAGUUCAUCCAGCAGGAGAAGUGGGUGGAGGCUUUUAAGGUUUUCGAUAGCUUGCUGAACGGUGACGUGGAGCCCUAUCCGUCCUUCUUCCAAAAUGCUACAGGCUGCACCAACUACUUCAACUACAUGACAUGUCAGGAGCCUGAGGACCAGGAGUACUUCUCCCAGUUCGUGACGCUGCCGGCAGUGCGACGAGCCAUCCAUGUGGGGAACCUGACGUUUCACGACGGCUCGCUGGUGGAGAAGCAUCUGCUGCAGGACGUCAUGAAGAGCAUCAAACCGUGGCUGGGGGAGCUGAUGGACAACUACAGGGUCCUGAUCUACAGCGGUCAGCUGGAUGUCAUCGUAGCUGCUCCUCUGACCGAGCGGUUCCUGCCCACCGUCAACUGGACCGGGGCCGCCGAGUUCAAAACAGCGACACGCUACCACUGGAAGGUUCAGCCCUCUGACACGGAGGUGGCAGGUUAUGUGAGACAAGUGAAGGAGUUUUAUCAGGUCAUUAUCCGCGGAGGGGGACACAUUCUGCCCUACGACCAACCAGCGAGGACCUUUGACAUGAUUGACAGGUUCCUUUCCACACAAGGCUGGAUAUGAGACGUGUUGACAUGGAGCUGAUUCAGCAGCUCCUCCACAAAGAGCAUUUCAUUGAUCAGAGAUUGUUGAUUUAAAAGACUGUUGAUUGUCUAAUUCAAUCUAAAUCAGCACAUUUGUAGAUUCUUUGCAUUUUAGCAGAGGGCUGCUUCUUAAUGAAACGUCUGUGCCUGGAGCAGAUCUUUAGGUUUGCUGGCCACAUUUCAGAACAUCACAAAGAAAUUCUUGAUUUUCAGGCCUUAACUGAUUGGACAUCGUGUCAUGUUUAUUUUUCUUGGGGUUGUCUUCAGGGGAAAUUAUAUUUUAUUUUGCUAUCAGUCCGUGCAGGCAGGAAGAUGACAUGUAAAGAAACAGAGAAUCAACUUGAAAUAAAAUGUUUUUAUUUUAAAAAUUCA